AUGAGACGUAAAAUCCUUGAACAUGCGAGACUGCAGUAUUGUUCGCAGAAUGCGAAUAAUGAGAAUUCAACCCGCAUCAUCGGUGAUACGCAAGCUGUUCCGUCUACUUCUGCUAAUCCUUCUUCAUCGUUCACUGCUGUUUGUACCCAUGAGGAGAUCGUAGAGGAUGUGGAUAUGCCGGAUGCUGCAUCAAUUUGUCCACCUGCUUCAGAGGUAGAGUGUUCCAUUUCUUCAAAUGCUUCGAAGAAUUCAGAUGAUUCAUUAAGUUCUUCAUUUCAACCUUCUUUCCGUGAACGUUUAGCUUCAUAUAUAGUAGAUAAUAAUUUAACUCAUGCCCAGGGCAAUAAUUUGCUAUCUCUAUUACGUUCAGAAGCUUCGAGUUGUCCUCAUGUUACAAUGUCUUCCUUAUUAAGUUUGCCAAAAGAUGUUCGAACGCUUCUUGGUACAGCCCGUGGCAGUAUUGUUAUCUCGGUUGUACCACCAGGAGAAUAUAUUCAUUUCAAUGUACAAUCUCAAAUAUUAAAGGAAUUGGUAAACUCUUCUCAUGUAACUUAUAGUAACUUGACAGAGUUACAAUUAGAUAUGCAUACAGAUGGAUGUGCCUUGGACAAAUCUGGUUAUAUUCAUGUUUGGCCUAUUCAGUGUAGAAUUGCAAAUCUACCAAAUAGCAGACCAAUCGUUCUGGGUAUUUAUAAAGGUAAGCAAGAACCAUCUGAUCCGAAUGGUUUCUUUGACAAAGUUAUCACUGACAUCAAGCUUCUUAUUUCUUCUGGAGGCAUUACUUUCAAUGGAUACACGAUACCAAUUACAGUACGAUGCUUUAUAGCUGAUGCACUAGGUCGGGCAUUCAUACUUAACCAUCUUGGACAUGUGUCUUACAAACCCUAUUCCAAAUGCACGAUUCGUGGUGUACAAGUACAAAACCGCACUGUAUUCAAUGGUGUCCAUCACCCUCUAC